ACAUUUAACAAAAACGUUGACGGCAGUGUCAUGGCGGCGCACGGAAUCAGUUUUGAGAGUGGGAGCAGCAUCGAAGAAAGAAAGGAUAGAAAGCGACAAGCACAGCAAGAGGCGCUAGAAAAGGCCAAGCGACAGUAUGAGAAGGAAGAGAGGAGGAAGGAGCUGAAGAGGCAGAGAGGGGAGGACACUUGGAUGCUCCCUGAAAUCAACCAGAGGCUGCAGGAGAUUGAAGAAGAAGGCUCUGUGAAAAGCAAGAAGAAGAAAGAGAAGAAAUCUAAAAAGAAAAAGGAGAAGAAGAAGAAGGCCAAGAAGGAGAAGAAGACAGCAGAAGCAGGAGAUGGCUCUAGUGACAGCUCAGGGGACUCAGGAGAUGAGUGGGUUGAGGCUCAGUCUCAGACUCAGACACAAGCUGCCAAAGCCUGGCAGGUUCCUGACGAGCCCAAGCCUUCCGAGAGCAACCUCAGCCCAGGCCAGAAUGUACAGAGAGACGAAUGGAUGACCUUUGACUUCCUGGCAAUGAGAACCACGUCCACAGCAGAGAGGAGGGCUGAGAAAGACCGACUGAAAGAGGAGGAGAGGUCAAAGGCUCAGGCCAUUGAACAGGCUGGUUUGCACAAAUUGGAGCUAAACCCGUAUUGGAAAGAUGGAGGAACUGGUCUGCCCCCAGAGGAGAUGGUUGGUACUGCAGCAACAAAAGGCACAGUAGUGAACGAUGGAGGUCUGAGCUGGCUGAGGAAAAGCUACCAGAGGAUGAAAGAGCAGGCAGAGAGGGAGCAGCGCAGCCUCAAAGAUGUGGUGGCUGAUAGAUUUGGAUCUAUGGAAGAAUUUCAGAAAAGACUUGCAGAUGCUGAGAAGGCUGUGUAUGGACAGCAGCGAGGAGAAGGAGAAGGAGACAGAACGGCGAGAGGCGGGUGGAGGAAAGCAGAGAAUGAGUCCAUAGAGAGAUGGAGGAGAAGAGAGGGAGAUGGGGCAGAGAGAGAUCGCUGGAGAAGAAAUGAAAGGGAAAGAGAUUUGUCACCCACAGAGAGAGAGAGAUACCAUGCUGGAAGAGGAGAGGAGAGGGAGAGGGAGAGGGAGAGGGGAGGGUAUCGAGGUAGGGAGCAAGAGAGAGGCCGAGAAGGAGACAGGUUUAGAGAGAGGGAAGGGGAUAGAGAAAGAGACAGUAACAAGAAUAGAGACAGGGAGAGAGAUAGACAAAGAGACAGAGAUAGGGACAGAGACAGAGAGAUGGAUAGGGGUAAUGAAAGAAAUAGAGAGAGAGAAAAGCCCUUUGUUGCAUCAUCAUCAUCAUCAUCAACAUCAUCAGGGCAAAGCUGGAGUCACCAUUCUCCGUCUGUUGGGUCACUAAAAAGCCGCUUCCUCAAACCCUCAGAAGAUGAUGACAGCAGUGAAGCUCCACUGCCUCGUCCUCCUCCAGCACGGACGUCCACAGCAUUCCUGAAACCCAGCUCUGAUGAUGAAGACUCUGGUCCUAGUAAUGCCAGCAUUCCAGCCUGGAAGAAGAGCAGUAAUCCUGCCCGUGAAUGUGACAGCUUGGAGAAACAGGGGGAUCCUGGGAAAACUGUAACUGCUUCUCAGGACGGUCUGCGUGCUGAUAAAGCUGCUGUGACGACAUCAAGUGGUGAGAGUGAAAGUGAGGAGAAAGAGGAGGAGGUUCCCCUGCUGUCAGAGGAGGAGAUGAACAAACUGGGAGCCAAACUGGUGAAGGCAGAGAUCAUGGGCAACAUGGCCAUGGUUGAGAAGCUGAAAUCACAACUAGAUGCAGCACAGAAAGCUAAAGAGAACCACGCUGCCCGAAGGAAGCUACAAGAAACAGCUAGAUCAAAGCAGGUCACAAGUCGCUCCAGUGAAGACCAGGAAGUCCUGCUGUUCAGAACAGACCAAUCAGGUCAGUCCUGGCCAGUCAGCGCCCCCUCUGGUCCUCAGGAGCCCCAUGGAGGAAGACGGAAGAAGAAACUGAUUGAGACUCAUGUCGAUGGGCAGCGUGUGCGCUACUUCCAGGAUGAUGACAAUAUGGGUUUGAAGGAGAUGGUGAGGAGGGAGAAGAUGAGCUCUGCACAGGAUCAGAAUGCCCUCUACUCUCGCAUGGCUGCCAAGAUGAUGGGGAAGACGGACGGCGACAACUACACGCUGGAUGACAUGUUUGUGUCGGGUGCAGCGCAGCGGGAGGGUGAGGGGAGGGAGGAGGAGAGGAUGAGGAGCAGAGCCAUCGGGGAGAGUAGGAGGCUGGCUGCCUCCAUGGAGAAAUGCCAGCACUGCUUCAGCAGCCAAGAGCUCCAGAAGCACCUCAUCGUGGCAAUAGGGAGCAAGGUGUACCUGAGCUUGCCUGCAGGUGUGUCGAUGACUGAGGGCCACUGCCUCAUCUGUCCUCUCCAUCAUCACUGCUCUGCCACCGGAUUGGAUGAGGAUGUCUGGUCAGAAAUACAGCUGUUCCGGCGUACUUUGGUGCGUAUGUUUGAGUCCCAGGAGCUGGACUGUGUGUUCAUGGAAACACACAUGAACCCACGCAAAAGACAACACAUGGUCCUCGAGUGUAUCCCUCUACCCCGAGAACUGGGCGAUAUGGCUCCCAUAUACUUUAAGAAAGCUAUCAUGGAGUGUGAUGAGGAGUGGGCCAUGAACAAGAAGAUUGUCGACCUCUCUUCGAAACACAUCCGCCAAGCUAUUCCUCGAGGUCUGCCCUACUUUGCUGUAGACUUUGGACUCCAGGGAGGGUUUGCUCACGUCAUUGAAAAUGAACACAAGUUCCCCCAUUACUUCGGCAAGGAAGUGGUUGGGGGCAUGAUGGACUUGGAGCCGCGACGUUGGAGGAAGUUUAUUAGAGAGAAUUUUGACGAUCAGAGGAAAAAAGUUCUGCAGUUUGCACAGUGGUGGAAACCGUACGACUGCACCAAGACUGAGGGAUAGCUAGAGAGCACUACACACACACACACACACACACACACACACACACACACACACACACACACACAGUGGUUUCUAGUGCAGGCAUCACAUUAGCUGAAUAUGAUGCAGACACUCCUGCACCUAACGAUUCAGAAUUUGAUGUAAAAUUUCUGUUAAAAGUUAUAAUAUCAGAACAUUUUUACUGAAGCAAAUAAAUGAAAAUGACUUUGA